AAUCCCGACUGUCGAAAUCCUGCCUGCGAGAUGUACACCCAUCCCUCCUCGCCAAUCAGCAAGCUCCCUGUGGAGUUGCUGUCGUACAUCUUUGUGCUGGGCACCCUCUCAUCGGCCGACGUCCCGAGUUCCGACGAGGCAGGUCGUAACCCUUUAUUCAAUACAGAGAGCGUCAAAGUGCCUCUCGCUUUCGCAGGUGUUAGCCGCCAUUGGGGGCGAGUAGCGCGUAACACACCUGGACUAUGGACCAGCCUCUGCAUCACCGUUGAAAUGGUCAAACGGUUGAGCGAGGACGACGAUGACGCUUCUUCGCUGCUCAACACCACUCACCUUACAUCUUAUCUCGCGCUAUCUCGCAACUAUCCACUAGAUAUUCUCAUUGACGCUAGAGACCAAGAUUGGGAUUUUUUUGAACCCGAGAUUCCCUCUGAGUAUGAGUUCAACACCUAUACUCCACCAUUUUCCCCCGACCAUAUGGCCUCCGUGAUAUCCCUCCUCCUGCCGCAUAUCUCACGGUGGCGGUCACUCCAUAUCCUCACCGACUCUUGGGCUCCCAUGCACUCCGCCCUCCUCCAUAUCAACCCAUGUAUCACUUCCUUUGGCGCCCCCCUUCUGGAAUCUUUGACCUUGAUGCGGUGUAACGACUUUGUCAGCUUCUCACCCGAAUUCCAACCCCGAGAUAUGAAAAGUCCUGCCUUCCUCAGCUCAGUCACCCCUUCCUCCCAGAAAGAUCUACUUCCGCGACUCAAGCAUCUCUCUCUUCGAGGUGUCCACGUCGAGUGGGCUUCUCUCGUCAACGUCCUGUCGGCAUCGACUGGAGGCGGACUGCACAGUCUUGAGCUAUCUUCUCACUGCUCUGACGUCCGUCCCACUCUCACCGAGUUUCAACAACUCCUUGGCGCCAGCUUGCAUCUCCGCAAAUUGGCCAUCUCCGGAUCUGGUCCGUUCGUACCAGACGACGUCGACGAUAUUGUCGACGUCAUCCAUCAUGACCUAGACUCCGUCCCACUCCCCCAUCUCCAUAGCAUAACCCUCGGAUACCGAACCGCCCUUGAAGGUCAAACCGUCCUCGAGCUCCUCAACGCCCCAAAUGCCAAGGUACUGGUCUUGGAAGACGCCACUUAUCCUGGAGACCCAGAGGAGGUUGAUGCGGGCAGUCUACUCACGUACAUCGGCACUGGGGAAUUUUACGACGCAGAUCACAACUAUCUUGUCGCAUACGAGCUCCCUGACGGGCUUCACUAUCGGGUCGCCAUGAACAAGCGGGCCGUAUCUCGCUUACCCACCACUGAGGAUCUGAGCCAAGAGCCAAAAUCCAACGCCGCCUUCCCCAUACUGGAGAACGUCACACUUAAAUCCGUCCGCGCGUGUCCGCGACCCCUGCGCGCGUUUUUUGGCGCACUACCCAACCUUCAACGAUUGGAGCUGAUAGGAAUGACCAUGCACGCCGUGCGCGCUCUGCUUCCUUCCAAUCCAGUCCCAUCAUUAGCCAUCUCCAGUUGCCCGUGUCCGCAAUUACAGUCCCUGUGUAUCCGCGGCUUUGAGCAACUCCAGAUACAGGACUUUGACUUCCUUGUUGGUGGUCUGGCUGCAGAGCGGAAAGAUAGAGGUGCUUGUAGCUUGAAGGAGGUUGAUAUUCAUGUCAGUGGACAAGACCGUGGAUGCGUCGCGGAGUUCAAGGACGCUUCUGGGGAUUUGAAGGUCAACAUCUUUAGCAGAAUGGUAGAGGUGGACGAGGAUGAGGAUUAUGAGGAGCUCGACGAGACGGACGCUUUUGAGGUAGGGGGUGUUUUCAACGACCCCGUUUUUGAUGCAUACUAUUCAGCGCAGGUUUCGCAGCCUCGCUGAUGGUUUCUUCUUUCCUUCUUUUUUGUUCUAGUUCAAGUUUUCUUUUCAAUCCGCGUUUGAUUUGUCGCAGAGCUGUUGUAUGUAAAGUGUUUGUACUUUUUAGUGUACUUUCAAGAAAAGGAACAUUUUUGUCCUUGCCCUA